UAAAAUCAAUAUUUUAAGCGUUAACGAUGGAAUCGAAUCGGUCUUGUUGUUCACCCUCCGCGUGCUGCGGGGCGCCGGUGGAGAAAGGAUGCUUCGUAUUCGCCAUCAUAAAUGCCAUAUUAUGCCUCAUAGCGUCCCUAGGGAGCCUGGCCUUCCUAAUCCUCAGCCUAUACGAGUGGUUCUCAGAGGCCCGAGGCCCCAACGACAUGGUGCUGGUCUACCUGUUCACGGGCAUGGCUGCGGGGUGCUGUGUGGGCAGUGCCAUAGCACUCACAUUCGCCAUCGUGCUGGUUGUAGGAAUUCGAAGGGGCAACAAGGGUUACGUGAUGGCAUACAUGUGGUACGGCAUUGUGGUGGUGGUGCUGAGCGUGCUCGGGUGUCUCGGGUUCAUCGGGCUCGAGUGGGGGGAAACCGAGCUCAUGAUGUACGCUUUGAUCCCUCUCGGGAUUUGCGUGUUAUACUCCUUGAUGCUGAUACUCGUGUACCAGACGUACGUGGUAUUCUCAAAAAGCAAUCCCGCCACACACGCGAGACUGCUCAACACCUAUGAUUUCUGAGGACCACUCAUCUA